AUCUGUUUAGAGGAGGAUUGAGUGAACAACAGCAUUGAUCCUUCGGGGGUAAACAGCAUUUGUUUGGUGCCUAACUCCUUACUUUUCUCCUUGUGUGAAAAAACACACACACACGUACACGCAAACACACAGCCAGUCUGCCAGGCAGCACUGUGAUUGGCCAGUCCUCAGUCAGUGGCUUAUAUAUUUCGAGCUAAGGGAGGAGACUAGCAGCUUGUUGACUAAGAGGCCGAGGUUCUAGAGACUGCUCGGAUCACGCUGUGGAUAUCUCCACGUCCGUCUGACCACACGACCAGGGCCUGAGACAUCAACAUGUGUAGGGGAUUAGCAACACUUCCUGCAACAUGUCUGAAAAGUGCCAGAGACAUAAAACACAAGAUCGGCUUUCUGCUGCAGAAACCAGAUCUGCUACCAGACUCCAAGAAUGUCAAGGACAGGAGCAUACAGGCAGACAGAGUCCCUGAUGGGCCCUCCAAAGUCCAGAAGUGGAAGGAGUCCUUCAACAACGUGAUGAACAGUGAAGGGCCCCCAGAGUGUCAGUCUGCAGGGACUAAGGAGUCGGAGCAGUGGCCUCUUGAGAACCUCCAGAGCCUUGACCUCCUCAUUCCACAGCUUCCACCGCGACCCCCAGGGAGUGAUGGUCGCACGGUGUUCGCUGACUUCCUGAAGUCAGAGUUCAGUCAGGAAAACAUGGAGUUCUGGAACGCCUGCGAGGACUACAAAAAGACCCCUUUAAACAAGAUGGUCGCCAAAGCCAAACAGAUCUACGAGGAGUUUGUAGAGGCAGACUCUCCCAAUGAGGUAAACCUGGACUCAGCCACCAGAGAAGAAACCAAACAGAACCUUCAGUCCGCCGGGCCUUCCUGUUUCCACGAGGCCCAGAUGAAGAUCUUCACCCUGAUGGAGAAGGACUCCUACAGGCGCUUUCUGUGCUCCAAACGGAUCCAGGAUCUCAGUGCCUCCGCCGGCCCCCCGGCCCCCCAGGAGGCCUCCAGGGGGGUGGGGUGCGUCCCAGGGAGCAGAAAGGCUCUCAUGUCCGGAGCUUAGAUUCACUUCAGAGUCCCAAACGCCUCGUACUAAGUUGUCUGGGAAACUGUGAGAACACAUGAUUUGGUGUUGUAAUUUGAAGAGGCUGCUGGAAGUAGAGGUGCAGGUAGAAGGGGGGAAGAAUGAGUCGUGAUUUUUCUUGUGUUUGGGACUGAUUGGAUGAUUGGGCCUCAGCUAUGAAUGUUAAGAAUGUUUCAUCUCUGGCUACUUUUCUGACUUCUCAAGGUCAGAUUUUAGUCAAGUCUUUCUAACAGAACCUUAAGAAAUACUUUUGAACUUUGUCCUUCUGCCAAGCAUCCGUAAGGGGUCCAAAAGUGUUGUAGAACUUGUCAUAUUUUGAGUUUUCAAGUAAAACCAUAACCAACGAUGAAUUUUGUUCAUUUGACAAAAGUUAAACUUACAUUUUGAGUCUGUGUCUUGUGAGUUUUACAGCUUCAAGCUCACUUGACCUUUGUUGACCUUGCGGUCGAGUCACGAAUAGGUGUUGUUUUGAGGCGCAACAAGUUACCUCGGAAACCAACACCCAUAUGCUGACACAUCCAUGCAAACACACACAAACAUCACCAGUAAUCAUUCAGACUGGUUUGUGAAGAAAGUGUUUGCAAUCACAUGACUGUUACAAUUUUUGUUUCUGGAUAUAUCUGUAUUCCGGGGGGAAAUUCCAAUGUGUCCAAUUGGCGUGAAAGUUGAAUCUGCUCACGAUAGCUUCCCCCACAUAAUUACAUUGGAAAUGCUGCAACCUGACUUCAUUGACUUCAUGUUUGUAACUCUUUAUAUUAACCCGUGAACUUUACAUGAUAUUAUUGUUGUUGUUUCCAGUAUAUGUUGAGGCAGUAAUUAACGUCAUGUAGCAUUGUAAUUGUUGGUAGGCAACCAGGACCAAUACAUGUGCUUUGUUACUAUGGUUUGUGACAUGUGAUGCUUUAUAAUGUACCAGAAAGUCAUGGUGCUUCAGAUCUCAUAUGGAAAUGUUAUAUUUAUUGUAAAAACGUCAUGGCUAUAUUAAUGUGCUCGGUAAUAUUUAUAAUCCUAUCCAAAUAAAAAGAUGUGCCACA